UUUAACAUGUUUGGAUCGAGCGUAACAGAUAUAUCAUUUUGGUGAAAUAUAUCUGCCCUGUUUAGAAAUUACUUUACCAUCGACAGCGGAACAUCUGUGUUGAUGAUUGUCUCACUUGAAGAAUAUAUAUAUAUAUAUUUUUUUAAUCGUCCAUAAUUUCAGUCUAAAUGAUCCCAAGUAUGUCUCUGGCAAUAACUAUUUUCUUCAUGCUCUUUGCUCAUGUUGCUGGGAACGAUGGCAUACCCGACUCUGGACCCGACCCUACCAAAUAUUGCUUACCGCGUGAAUACAGAUCCACUCAAGUUGGUUUUGAAGCCAUCAUGAUGGGAGAGAAGCCUGUAGGGAGCAAACAUCGUAUCUUCUCUGCUGUGGACUUUGUCCAUGAAAAGUUCUACACCAACAAAACACUAACGAUUCUCGACGCAAGUGGACAACCGAGAGUGGAGGAAAGGCAAGAUAUCAUCGACAAAGCAAAUAAUGCUCAUUACGUGAUAACCAAUGGAGAUUGUAAGAAAUACCCAGUCACCAAAGUUCCCGAAAGAUGUUUGAAUGACAAAAUGAAGUACACAGGUACAUGGGAUAUCACAGCAUACGGGCAACAUCCCGAUGACGGCCUACAAGCCGUGACGUUCACCGUGAACCUUGAACUGUCCGACAUGGGUAUGACUGAACAACGAGUGGUGACUUUCGUCCAGGAACCAAACCCAGAGUUUCAACCAUAUUCGUACCAUAUGCUCCGGGAAGAGAUAACUCUGGUGUCGAAAACAGGAUCGUCUGUGUUUAGCUCCUUCUUCGAUGGCUACGAACCACUGGACGAUGGAACAUAUUUCAAUGCUCCCCAAGACUGCUCAUAAAACGAUCAGACGGAUGACUCGAGAAGACAACUUUAAACGGACAUCCGGGGAUUUCCCAGCAAGGCAGUUCUUACUGGAUCAGUAUAUGAGGCUUAUAAACUAUAUCCAUG